GUAACAAGCCUGACAGUUGAAUGGAGGGAAGAAUUGGUUUUGAGUAUUGCGUGAAGUCGCAACAAAUGUUAAGUAAACUAAAACCGGUAAGCGCCCGAGAAAUGCCUCUAUAGACUUUGUUUCAUUUGGUUUUGUUCGGUAAUUUUACUCAUAUUAGCAGUCUCGGCUACUUCAGAGCUAACGUUAGUUAGCGUUAGCAUUGCGCUGGUUAGCCUGAUGUUAACCCACGUGUUAGAAUGUUUUGAAUGUUCACAUAGCAACCGUAUAAUUACAUAUGUUAGAAAGAAAUGCCCAAACCAGGCAAUUAAAUAUCUGUUCGGUACCAUUCAUUAACGUACUAAAAAGUUGGAUAAAUAAAAAGCUAUUUGUCACCACUGCUUGACAGUUCGGUGAGCCGUCGUUGGGUGGUGCUGUUCAGCUGUUCUUCCACAGGUUGUAUUAUGGACUAUAGUAAGGAAAAUGAAGAUGCUGAUGAUAAAGAAGGCGGCAAAGACGACCCCUUCUUUAUUGGGGACUUGAGUACUUCAGAAGGUGAAGGGGAGAUCAAACACCAGAAAAGUUACAGCAGCUGUAACAAACAAGCUUCACGGCUCAGCGGGGAAAGCUCUCCCCCACUCCUCCUGGCAUUCAACAUCGCCUCUAGACGCGCGCUGCAGGACAGCAGCCCAAGUCCUACUUCCAGUUUGGAUUUACAGGAGGAGCAGGAGCAGGAGGACAGUAACCAGCCCAUCGAGGAGUGGAUGAUCCUGGGAAGGGAGGAGCAGGUGGGAGACUCAAGCAUCCAGCUCAACCUGAGCUACUGGAGCAGCUCCGAGGAUGACUCUGGAGAUGAAGAUCAGAAUGUGAAAUCAGUUGAUACCUGGGCUGUAUCACAGAAAGACAAGUCUGGCGCUGAUCAGUCGCUCCCUGUCCGCUAUUUUGUGCCUGGUCAUUCUCUGAUCUGUAACAUGUGCAACAGGACAGGACACCUUGCCAAAAGCUGCUACUACCACAAGAAACGUCCCACCUGUGUCCUUUGUGGUAUCCGGGGCCACAUCCAUAGGGACUGUCCGAGCCGCCCCUGCACCAACUGUGGCCUGCCUUCACAUGGCUUCAGGCCCUGUGAAAGGCCCCCGCUGUGGAACCAACACUGCCAGCGCUGUGGUAUGGCAGGGCACCUCUCUGAUGUCUGCCCUGAUACAUGGAGACAAUACCACUUGACAGUCCAGUUAGAGGUUCCACUCAGGCCACGGACAGCUGACACCCUAAAACAUAAGAAAUGCCCUGUUUAUUGUUACAACUGCUCUGAGAGGGGACAUUAUGGUUAUGAGUGCACUAAGAGGAGGAUGAUCAGUGGGGCUUCGCCAUCAUUACCCUAUGUCUGCCACUAUGACACCGUGGAGGACAUCCUCCAAUCUCGUACCACUGUGCAGGAAAGAGCCAAAGAGCUUGCGAGUGUUGGAUCCCUGCCUCUCUCAAACCAGCAGCAUUCUGAACCGACAGGGGAGAGCGGUGCGGAGAAUCAGCCAUUCCAGGGGAGGAGCAGGACAAAGCAGGAGACAUGCGGCCGGGCCAGCAGGAGGAAGACGUGGCCAGAGAGGCGCAGAGAGAGACGGGAGGUGAAGAGGCUGAGGAGAGAGGCUCAAGCCAGACGGGAAGGAGGACUACUGGGGAGAUCCCAGAGGAACUUUGAUGAUGAAGUUUGCACUGCAGACCCCUUCAGGUCCUCACUGCACAGUCCCAAGUGUUCCACACCCCCUCCACAGAAGAAGAGGAGGGAUGAGGAAGGUGGGAGAAGGAGCAGGAAGAGCAGAGAAGCAAAGAGGUGGAAGAGAGGAGGGAUAAAACAUGGGGAUUUAUAUCCCCAUGGUGAUGUGGACGUCAAUAGUGAAAACCUUCUUUCCCCAAAACAAAGAGUACGUCACCGGAGAAGAUGAAGUGUGAUUGUUUUUAAUAUUUUUUAUUUUAAGGCUUAACAAAUACAACAGAAUAGCGCUACUGAUGAUUUUGUCUGUUUUAUUGAUUCAUUUAUUUAUUGUCAGUACAAAAACUGUAGAAUAGUACAUACAGUUGAAGGAUGCUCUUCAGCGUAAUUGGUAUGAAUGUACUUUUGUACAUUAACCUUGUUCUGCAAGUACAUCGACUACUAUUAUACUGGCUGUGCCAGGUUUUCAACGCACAGUGUUUUGGAAUAUGUUUUUAAACACUAUGCCUGCUCUCUGCCUCAUGUUGUGUUUGGGGGGGUUAUCCCCCUAAAUAUAAUGCUUAUUUUACAGUAACAUCAUAUUCUGCUAAGACAGUUCUUGAAAUCAGGUCAGAGCCACGGGACUUCGAUUGAUCUUGCAGAGAGUAAUAUUUAUAUUGUAAAGACAACAGUAAACAUGAAU